AUGAAGUUGGAUGAUGUUAUGAAAGAGUUGAUUCAACACCUGGAAGAUUUGAAACUGUUAACAACGGAUGCUCAACUAUACAAGGCUGAUGAAAUAUGGGAUAAACUGCAUGUAUUGAUACUGGAGUUGGAAGAACAGAAUCGAAAUCAAAGUAAUGAAGUUUACUACAGUGUUUUUGAGAAUGGUGUACAGUAA